AUGACCGGGCGCCACCGGCGCGUCCCCAGCGAGGUUGAUGUGAACAAGACCACAAACUGGCUCGACUCCCCGGGCGUGUGGGUCUGGUAUCUGUCUGUGAUCUGCCUCAGCUGGCUCUGCCUAACCGCCUUGACCUCGGACUCGGGCCUGGCCUGGACCUACGUGCACCUGAUGCACGGCGCCGCCAGCUACUGGCUGCUGCACUGGACCAAGGGGUCCUUUGCGCCGGAGGACCAGGGGCGGUACGGCAGCCUGACGCUGUGGGAGCAGGUGGACAAUGAGAUGUACGGCACCAGCACGAGGAAGUUCCUCACGGCCGUGCCGCUCGCGCUGUUCGUGCUGGCGACCCACGGGACGGACUUCCGGAAGCAGCCGCUGGGGCUGAACUUUGUGGUGGUGCUCGUGCUGUUGAUAGCCAAGCUGCCGGCGCUGCACAAGGUGCGCUUCUUCGGCAUCGGCGCGUGA